CGUUUUCUGUGAUCAGCUGUUGUGAGGAUGACGAUGACGUGGCUUCCGGUUUCACGCCCGACAUUGACGACACCAACAAGAAGCGGCGAGAGGAGAAGGGACGAGACGGGGUGACGAAUUGCGGAACACACAGGAAUAAAGGACAGUAAGUGAAGCCCUGUACCCACAUAAGGAUUCCCCACUGAAAUAUUUUAUUUGGAGUGUCCCUCACAGAUAUGGAAGGUGUUGUAACAGGGGCAGACAGAGCCCCUUUUUGAAGAGAGUGGUUUAGGUGGUUUGCCCCUGAGCCCGGACAAUGAGAAUCUGAGGAAUUGUUCUCCUCAGGUCAGUCCUGAGUGUGUAAUAUUAAACAUCCUCUGGGUGUAGGUUCUUCAGUGCCCAGGCCUGUUAGUAAUAUGAACCAUGGAUUCUGGAGCAGUUGAUAGUCCUGUAACCCUGGUCAUUAAAGCCCCCAACCAGAAGUAUGAAGACCAGACCAUUAACUGCUUCCUCAACUGGACCGUGGAGAGGCUGAAGAGUCACAUCUCCAACGUGUACCCUAGCAAGCCGUUGUCCAAAGAUCAACGGUUGGUGUACUCAGGCAGACUCCUUCAAGACCACCUGCAGCUCAGAGACGUCCUCAGAAAGCAAGAUGAAUACCACAUGAUGCAUCUAGUGUGCACCUCUCACAGUCCCCCUGGCUCGCCCAUGCCUCAGAGCCUUUCCAUGGCCACCUCAACUUCCUGCAGCUCCACUAGCUCAGAGAGCGCAAGCUCCUCCUCUCUUGUCACCUCAGCCAAUCAGGAUGGGCAGUUGACCUCUUCGUCCUCUGCCCCAGGACCUUAUGAUGGUCUGAGGUAUCGUGGAGGCCUCCCCCGGUACAACCCUCAGAGCUUUGCACCUCUGGCUGUCCCACAGUGGCCUGAUGAAGCCCAGAUCUCUUUACAAGGAGGCUUCCCUGCUAGUAUGCCCCCCCACCCCAUGUACAUGCCCAUGCAGAUGUUGUGGUGGCAGCAGAUGUAUGCACGUCACUACUAUAUGCAAUAUCAAGCAGCAGUGGCUGCGUCUCAGCCUCCUAGCGCCCCCCCUUCAUCUCCUCCCUCCUCCUCACCCCAUCAGCCCAUCCAGCCCAAUGAAGCAGUGCAGGCCCCGCUGGGUCGUAAUGCUGCUCAAAACCCUUUACCAGAGAACCAGCCAGUUAACCCCAACAUCCAGAUGAAUGCACAAGGAGGCCCGGUGCUGAAUGAGGAUGAGCUGAACCGCGACUGGCUCGACUGGCUCUACACAGUGUCCCGAGCUGGAGUCCUACUCAGCAUUGUGUAUUUCUAUUCCACAUUUAGCCGCUUCAUCAUGGUGGUGGGCGCCAUGCUGCUUGUCUACCUGCAUCAGGCUGGUUGGUUUCCAUUCAGACCUGAGCAGCAAAAUGUAAGAGGAGAGAAAGAGGCAGAGCUGCCCGAGGAAGCAGAAAGACAUCAAGAACAUACGGAAAUGGAACGUCUGAUGGAUGAUGGGAUGGAGGAUGAUGACAGUGAUGAGGAAGGAGCUGGGGGUUCUGAUGAUCAGGCCCAGGCUGCUGCUGCAGCUGUUGCUGCUGCUGGUGGACUCCCAGAACCAGGCUUUCUUACCACUGCGUGGUCUUUCAUCAGCACCUUCUUCACCUCACUUAUUCCAGAGGGACGACCCCACCCAGCCAACUAGAAGAGCCUGCCCCUCUGCUCUCUGAUUCCCCAUAGAUCAUCAUCUCAUGACACCCUGCUUCCUUCUCCUGCCUGCCAAUGGGCGUCUAUAUGCAGGAUGUGUCCUGUCCUCUUAACUGUCCUAUUGUCAUACAUCAGAAACUGUUGACCUCAGACCACACAGCUCAUCUCCUUGGUAAUAGACCUCCUCAUGCUGUCAGUAAACAGACUGGGACUGUAAAUAGGUUACUGUGAAGAGCAGACAUAAUGUGUCUGUGACCUCUGGAUGAGGUACAAGAAAGUAAGAAGAGAGUACCUGAAAGAUAACACGUUUGUGCUUGAGCAGAGGACAUUUUUAAUUGAUUGUGAACUUGAUCUAUGAUUAUGACAAGACCCUGGAGGGAAUGGUCUUCCGUUUUAUACAGUGAUAAAGUCAAGUAAAGUUAAUCAAACUGACUGAGAUCACAAACACACAAACUGAAUCAACAUUCUCCCUGAAAUAUGAGGGAGAAGUGAGUCUUAAACCAUGAAACACCACAUCUGUAAUGACAUUUUCAUGUGCACAUGACGUGCAUAAAUACAUUGCAGCUAUUGAAGCACAUAGUUUACCACUUUAUGUAUGUGAACAUUAUCUAUUUACACAUACGAGUAUGUAUAUGCAUCUUUAAUUCCUGUUAUUAUGCUUUUUUGAAUAAAAGCCUCAGCAGUUU